UCCCUCUUACGGUCAUACUGAUGCUACAACAAUUUUUUGCAGACGCAUAAUUUUCACCGAAAAGCCGAAAGAAAACCGUGGAAAACGCGAAAAAGCCGUGCAAAAAACGGGCCAAACAAGUAAUAAACAAAAGCGCCAAGCAAGAAAGGCCGUAAACUCCGAAUUGAAGCGGGGAAAACUGUUGUAGGCUGCUUUUUUUGUACGUGAAAAACUCGCCCCCCAUUCCUUAUUGAAUUUUCAACUCGUGGAGAGGGAGAAGUGAAAAAAGUUUUCGGCCGGAAAAAGGGAAUCAAAAUCACAACGAAUCUAGUGCCGACAUGAGCGACUUCCAAACUCAGCAAGCAAGCCUUAGUCAAUCUCAGGCGCUGGCCCAGGCAAUACAGCGUGCCAAGCAGAUUGCUGCAAAGAUACAACCGAAUCAACAAGGCGGUGCACCAGCGGGCCCAUCGCCACCAGCGGGAGGAGGAGGUCCCGGUCCUGGCGGCAACGCUUUUAAGCGAAUGAACGACGACGGCGACAGCGGCCCCGAAAGCAAGCGCUCCUUUGGUAGCCCGGAUUACGCCAACAACUCUAACAUGAGCAGUGGUAGCGGAGGAGGAGGCGGCGGCGGAGGCAGCCAGGGCGGGGCCAGCAUCACCCAGGCCAUUGCCCAGGCAGCAGCGGUUGCUGCCAGGCUGGCUGCCUCGGCGGGUACCACCUGCGAGGAACAGAUCCGCAUCCCCGACUCGGUGGCCAGUGCCUUCAUGGGUCGUGGAAGCAACGACACCAUUACCCACAUUCAGGCCGAGUCGGGAGCUAAGGUGCAGGUGAUGCAGGAUCAGGAUCGCGUUCUGAUGCUGCGCGGCCAGCGCGAAACCGUGACCAAGGGUCGCGAGAUGAUCCAGGCGAUGGCCAAUCGGGGCGGAGGCGGACAGGUAGAGGUCCUGCUCACCAUUAACAUGCCGCCACCCGGUCCGAGUGGCUAUCCGCCGUAUCAAGAGAUCAUGAUACCGGGCGCCAAGGUGGGACUGGUUAUUGGCAAGGGCGGCGACACCAUCAAGCAGCUGCAAGAGAAGACCGGCGCCAAGAUGAUCAUUAUACAAGACGGGCCCAAUCAGGAGGUGAUCAAGCCACUGCGCAUAUCCGGCGAGGCGCAGAAAAUCGAGCACGCCAAGCAGAUGGUGCUGGAUCUGAUUGCCCAAAAGGAUGCCCAGACUCAGCAGCAGGGACGAGGUGGCGGUGGCGGCGGAGGAGCAGGAGGUGGUGGUGGCGGAGGCGGCGGGCCUGGCAUGGGCUACAACAACUUUAACAAUGGCAACGGCGGCGAGAGCGUCGAAGUCUUUGUGCCCAAGAUAGCGGUGGGCGUGGUCAUUGGCAAGGGCGGCGACAUGAUCCGAAAGAUACAAACCGAAUGCGGCUGCAAGUUGCAGUUUAUCCAGGGAAAGAACGACGAGAUGGGAGACCGAAGGUGCGUCAUCCAGGGCACUCGACAGCAAGUCGAGGAUGCCAAGCGCACGAUUGAUGGCUUGAUCGAGAACGUGAUGCAACGCAAUGGCAUGAACCGAAAUGGCAAUGGAGGUGGCGGCGGCGGAGGCCAAGGAGGUGGCGACCAAAGCAAUUCCAAUUACGGCUACGGAUAUGGGGUGAACCAUGCCCAAGGCGGACGGGAGGAGAUCACAUUCCUGGUGCCCGCUUCCAAGUGUGGAAUUGUUAUUGGCCGCGGUGGCGAGACCAUUAAGCUGAUCAACCAGCAAUCCGGAGCCCACACCGAAAUGGAUCGCAAUGCCAGCAAUCCGCCCAACGAGAAACUCUUCAAAUCCAAGGGCACCACCGACCAGGUGGAGGCAGCCCGCCAAAUGAUCUCCGAAAAGAUAAACAUGGAGCUGAAUGUCAUCUCCCGCAAGCCCAUCGGCGGAGGAGGUGGUGGCCAAGGAGGCGGGGGCCAGAACAACUCACAUCACAAUCAACAGCAGGGCGGCGGCUAUGGUGGCCCCAAUCAAAUGCAAGGUGGCGAUCCUAGCUCGGGUCAGGGCUAUCAGCAGCAACAGCAGCAGCCUUGGGGAGGUGCUCCCUACGGUCAGCAGGGCUGGGAUCCGUCCGGUCAGCAGCAACAGCAGCAGCAACAAAUGGCGAUGGCAGCCAAUCAGGGUGCAGCUGCUGGUGCGGGAGCAGGAGGCGGCGGUCAGGAUUACUCGGCGCAAUGGAUAGAAUACUACAAACAAAUGGGCUGCCAUCGGGAGGCUGAGAUGAUCGAGCAACAGAUGAAGGCCAAGCAAGCGGGCGGUGCCUCCGGCCCUGGCCAGCAGCAACCCCAACAACAGCAGCAGCAGCAGCAACAGCCCCAACAGCAGUCACAGGCCCAGCAGCAAGCAGGUGGUGCCAGCGGAGCUGGAGGAGCCGACUACAGUGCACAAUGGGCGGAAUAUUACCGCAGUGUGGGCAAGAUCGAAGAGGCUGAGGCCAUUGAAAAGACAUUAAAAAACAAGUCACAGAACGGAGCACCUAGCGGUGGCCAGAACAAUGCGCCUAAUCCCGGCCAGGGCGGUGGUCCCAAUCCCGGCCAGCAACAGCCCAAUCCAGCCGCAGCGGCGGCAGCAGCAGCAGCUGCGGCGGCAGCGGCAGCUAGCGGAUAUGGACAGAGUAUGACACCCAGCCAGUACGCUCAGUAUUCGCAGUAUUAUGCGGCCGCAGCUGCUGCUGGUGGCCAGCCGCAAGGAGCGCCGCAGCCAGGCGGCGGACAGGGUGGCGGUCCACCAGCGGGUUAUCCUGGUGGCUAUCCAGGCGCUGGCUACGGCGGCUAUCCCGGCGCACCGGGCCAACAGCAGCAGAAAACGCACAAAAACGACAAACACUGAGAGCGUUAGGAGAGGGAUCGGGAGCGGGAAGCUGAAGUCGACGACGCUUCGAUGAAAGGGCGAUGCAGGUGCCUUGCAUGGGUGAUCUAUUGUUCUACUAUGUCCUAUGUCUUUUAUCCCCCACAAAAAAAAAAAAAAAAAAAAAAAAAGAAAAACUAGCAAAUCCGAAAAGAAGAUUUUUAGUUGCAUUAAAAAAGCAGAAAAACAACAACAGAGCAGCAUCGCCCCAAGGACAGAAACAGACAGAGACAACAGGAGGAGGAGCAGGAACGGAGUCAAUAAAUUGAAAAGUGCAACAUUGAACGUUUAGCUUGUGCCGUCGCACUUUUGCAUAAAUGUAAAUUAAUAUUAUUAUUAACACGUGUCUAUUAUUUGGAUAUUGCCUAUAAUUCCCCCCAUUAGUGCCGUAAGCUCCUUUUCCCGAGAACCUAAGUCUAUCUAUAUAUGCCUAAACCUAACAUUAUGAAAGAUAUAUGCCUAUGCCUAUUGCUGAUGAUCAUGAUCACCAUUUGUACAGACACAAAGAAGCCAAUUAUGACAAUGUUUUGGGUGUUUAUAUAUGAUUUCUCUCACUUUACCGUCAAUUUAGGCAAAUCGAACCAUCAGCAGUCUCCUUUUAAAUACAUUUGGGAGAGAACUCCCAAUUGCAAUAACACUUAAAUACCAUAUAUAUUCUUAGUGGCUUACGCCUAUAUAUAUAUAUAUAUAAAUUUACUGCUUAAAAGAUAACGAACGUUUUUGAUACAUGAACCCAUUUUCACGUAGCCUAGCUUAGUUUAUAAAAGAAAAAAACCACUUGAACAACAAGAGAGAUCUGCAAUUACACACGAUCAACGACAUCUGCUGAUCUGGUAAGAUUAUUAACUUGUAACCGAACCUUAAUCAUACAACAUUUGCAAAAACGAGGGCCUGGUUCACAGUGAGUUCUUUCUCAUGCUAAUAUUUUCACCUUUCAGUUGGUACUUGAUUAUUUAUAGCUGUAAGCUGAAACUGAAUUAACUUAAUAUAAAUUAUUUCCUGCUCGACAUAUAUUUGUGUUAUAUUCGAAUCAAUAGUUAUCCUUAAAAGAACUCAACUCAUUUACAAGCAGGAAAAUCAUGCUUGUUUUAAUAUACAUAUAUAUAUAUUUAUAUUAUCAUAUGCAAACAUAAAGUAUAUUCUUUCAGAGACAGAGGCCGCUCUUCAGACGAGUUUUAAACAGAAUUACGAAAUGAAAAACCCCAAAACUUUUUCACAAUAUUUAACCCCUAACGAACAUGAACAAAAUAUACAAACAAGAUAUUGUAAAAGUGUCAAACUUGGUAAGAUCAUCGUGUGUUGUUGUUAUUGUCUAUAUACAAUUAUACAUAACUAUUGCAAUUGAAUAUACUUACCCAAAAUGAAUGUAGGUCUACCAUUAUUUAUAAACACCACUCUGAAAUAAUCUAAAUUAAGUUUUACGUCUCCCCAAAUAUCUGAUUGUUGCAACAGCAGAUGAACCAUAUAUAUAUUGUAACCGUUGCCGGCUCAGAUCGGAAUCCAGAUCCAGAUCCUGAUCCGCCCUGCAGUCGGCGAAACUUUGAAUAAACAUUUAAUAUAUACCAUA